AUGUCCACACAACCACCACCACCACAACAACAACAACAACCUUCUACGCAACGUUUUGCCCAAUUCAAACUUGUUCUUUUAGGAGAAAGUGCUGUUGGUAAAUCGUCCAUAGUGCAUAGAUUUGUCAAAAAUACUUUUGAUGAUAUGAGGGAGUCUACUAUAGGUGCUGCCUUCUUGACUCAAUCCAUCACAAUACCAGAGUCGCAAACAACGAUAAAAUUUGAAAUAUGGGACACUGCAGGUCAAGAGCGCUAUAAAUCAUUAGCUCCCAUGUAUUACAGAAAUGCUAAUGCGGCUUUGUGUGUUUACGAUAUUACCAGUCAGCUGUCGUUCAAAAAGGCACAAGACUGGAUAAAGGAAUUGAGGAAACAAGCGCCAGAAGGGAUCGUAAUUGCAUUAGUUGGUAACAAGUUAGAUUUAGAAGAUAAAAGAGAGGUUCAACAGCAAGAUCUCGAGGAUUAUAUCUCGGAAAUGCAAAAUGAAGAGGUUAAGAUUAUUACAACGCAAUGUUCAGCAAAGAGUGGCGAAGGCGUGGUGGAAAUAUUUGAUAAAAUAGGAAGAGCUUUACCUGUAGAUGAAGUUAUAGAGGCGAAUGCUUCUAGAACGAGGCAAGGCGGUGGUGCCAGUGGUGGCAGAAGAAUGGGAGGAGGAGGAGGAGGAGUCGACUUGAACAGACCUAGACGUCCACAAGCUCAGACUAGCUCUUGUUGUUGA